GGCCCAGGGUUGUGGCUGUGCUGACGAAGGGGGGAGGGGCUCAGUGGUGGGUGCUCGGCAGGGCUUGUGGGCGCGUUGGCCCGUAGAGACAGAGCCGUCGCCAUGCCCGGGAUUGACAAGCUGCCCAUUGAAGAGACGUUGGAGGACAGUCCCCAGACACGUUCUUUGCUGGGUGUGUUUGAAGAAGAUGCUGCAGCAAUUUCCAGUUACAUCCGCCAGUUGUAUCAAGCCAUGCGUCGAAUUUAUGAUGCACAGAAUGAAUUAAGUGCAGCAACUCAUCUAACUUCAAAACUUCUAAAAGAGUAUGAGAAGCAGCGUUUUCCAUUAGGGGGCGAUGAUGAAGUUAUGAGCUCUACCCUACAACAGUUUGCAAAAGUGAUAGAUGAGCUCAGCUCUUGUCAUGCAGUGCUUUCAACUCAACUAGCUGAUGCCAUGAUGUUUCCCAUUACUCAAUUUAAAGAAAGAGAUCUAAAAGAGAUAUUGACUUUAAAAGAAGUUUUCCAAAUUGCCAGCAAUGAUCAUGAUACUGCCAUUAACAGAUACAGUCGGCUGUCAAAAAGAAGAGAGAAUGAAAAGGUCAAGUAUGAAGUUACAGAAGAUGUGUAUACUUCCAAGAAGAAACAGCAUCAGACUAUGAUGCAUUAUUUCUGUGCAUUAAAUACUCUUCAGUACAAGAAGAAAAUAGCCAUGCUGGAACCCUUGCUAGGAUAUAUGCAAGCUCAGAUAAGUUUCUUUAAAAUGGGUUCAGAAAAUCUUACUGAGCAGCUGGAAGAAUUUUUAACCAAUAUUGGGACAAGUGUACAAAAUGUUCGCCGGGAAAUGGAUUCUGAGGUAGAAACCAUGCAGCAGACCAUAGAGGACUUGGAAGUAGCCAGUGAUCCAUUAUAUUUACCUGAUCCAGAUACAACAAAAUUUCCUGUCCAUAGAAAUCUAACACGGAAAGCUGGCUAUCUUAAUGCAAGGAAUAAGACUGGGCUGGUGUCUUCCAGUUGGGACAGACAGUUUUAUUUUACUCAGGGUGGAAACCUAAUGAGUCAGGCAAGAGGUGAUGUAGCUGGAGGACUUGUCAUGGACAUAGACAACUGUUCCGUAAUGGCUGUGGACUGUGAGGACAGAAGAUACUGCUUUCAGAUAACAUCUUUUGAUGGCAAAAAAUCUUCGAUCUUACAGGCAGAGAGUAAAAAAGAUUAUGAAGAGUGGAUAUGUACAAUAAACAACAUCUCUAAACAGAUAUACCUCAGUGAAAACCCUGAGGAAAUUGCUGCACGUGUGAAUCAAUCCGCUCUGGAGGCUGUCACCCCCUCUCCUUCCUUCCAACAGAGACAUGAGAGCAUGCGGCCAACAAUACAAUCUCGGCCUCCGACAGCUCGUACAAAUAGCUCUGGGUCUUUGGGAUCUGAAUCAGCAGCUUUAUCAGCACUUUCCUUGGAUUCCCUUGUUGCCCCUGACACACCGAUACAAUUUGACAUAAUUUCUCCAGUUAGUGAAGAUCAGCCUGGUCAGGCAAAAGCCUCAGGGCAAUCGGGCAGACGUACAAACCCAUUUGGUGAAUCUGGAGGCAAAAAAUCUGAAACAGAAGAUUCCAUUCUUCACCAGUUAUUUAUUGUAAGAUUCCUUGGCUCCAUGGAGGUUAAAUCUGAUGAAAGUCCAGAUGUUGUUUAUGAAACAAUGCGCCAAAUACUAGCAGCCCGGGCUAUCCAUAAUAUUUUCAGGAUGACAGAAUCACAUUUAUUAGUCAGUUGUGACUGUUUAAAGUUAAUAGAUCCCCAGACGCAAGUUACAAGGCUCAGGUUUCCUUUGCCAAGUGUAGUCUUGUAUGCUACGCACCAGGAGAAUAAACGCCUUUUUGGAUUUGUGCUUCGGUCUUCAGGAGGGAGAGUUGAGAGCCAUACAACAUCUGUCUGUUAUAUAUUUGAAUCAAACAAUGAAGGGGAAAAGAUAUGCGACUCUGUUGGACUGGCAAAACAGAUUGCUUUUCAUGCAGAAUUGGAUCGUAGAGCAUCAGAAAAACAAAAAGAAAUAGACAAAGUAAAAGAGAAACAACAGAAAGAACUCAGUAAACAAAAGCAAAUUGAAAAGGACUUGGAAGAGCAGAGCCGAUUGAUAGCUGCUUCCAGUAGACCCGGUCAGAGCAGUGGAGAGGGACAAUUUAUAGUCCUUAGCAGUAGCCAGUCAGAAGACAGUGAUUUGGGAGAAGAUGGGAAGAAGAAAAGAGAGUCCGAAGCAUGAGAUUACUAAUAUUGUUAAAACUGGAAUCUUUGGACGUAUCUGUGGUGAAAUGGCAAAAAUUACACAAGAAGAAAAAUAGAGGUGGAGGGUCUGCUUAUUAUAUAGAAGAUUUAACAAUAUGCUGACCAGAUUAUACUUUGUUGUUUUUUUUCUUUUGAACAUUCAUUAACUAACUUUGCCUUUUAAUGUAAAUAUGUACCUUCUUCCAUGUGUGAUAAAGAAGCAUGGUGACAUUGCCAUGUUUGCUACAGAAUUACAUCUUCAAGACUUCUCUUAAUUAUGGAAACUUUUUUCACUUACCUGAUUGUGCAGCUGGCUGUUUUAAAGCAAAAAUUAAUCUUCUGAUUGGGCUUCAACAGUACACUGAAAUAUUGUUCUUUAAAUUGCUGUACACAGAACAUUUUGCAAGGAACAAAAGUGGGCUUUGAACUGACACAAUGCUAAGCUGUAUCUAAAUACUGUUGCAGAGAAUUGUUUCUGGUUUGUUUAAAAAAAAAAAAAAAUUAAUCCUCAGUAACACCAGAUAAAUGUGCAAUAGUUUUAGAUUGAUGAGCGAGAGAUUUUAAUAUUUGUUUUAUGUUGAAUUGGAUGGUACUGUGUCCAUUUCUUGUUAAUAUAACUUAGGACACUUUCUUGGACGAUAAAAAAGAUUUUACUCCAUUUAACGUAGAUAAGAAUUAGAAGGAUGUAUUUGCAUCUUGGUGAAUGGAGAAUUGUGUUAUAGAUCCUUUUACUUUCAGGGAGUAUACACACUGUAUUCUCAUUUUGAAGCGAAAAUACUACAUUCUCAGUUCUCUGUCAUGGAACUGUAGUUAACUGUCCAGUACUUGGGGUUUACUUUAUAAUAAUAAGUAUGUUAACAUUGUGAAAAUGUUGGAUUAAACCAGCUGUUUGAAGAUCUGCUGAAUUACCCACAUACCUUAGAAUCAGUUCACUAAAUUUACUAGAAAGAGUUUGCGGGGGGGAAGGUGUUUGGAUCAUUGCAUGUAAAUGUGUUUUGCAAAAAAUAUUUAACAGCAAUAGGGUGCAAGCAUACAAAUCCUACUUUCUACCUAAACUGCGUGAAGACUUUUUUUCAAAGGUGUCUGCUUACAAGUCUUAAGCCUGAUCUCCUUACUAUUGCAUGAUGUACAUAACUUAUUUUGUACUAUAUCAAAAGUGCUUUGACCUUUUCAUCUUGAAUAGGAAACCAUUUAAUGUAAGAGAAUUUAUUUAUUUUUGCACUGAUUACUGUAUAUAGUGAAGUCCAAUGAAUAGAAGAUGCAUUUAUGUAUCAGUGUCAGGGAAAAUCUAGUGUAGUACAGUAAUGUGAGGCAAUGUACUAAACAUGAAAAUACAGCUGUAUCUCUGGGUCACUUUCAA